CGGGGCGGUAACCUCACAUGGAAACCGGAAGUUGAUGUAGUUGCGCCGUCUCCUCUGUCAACUGUCUCUGGAUUAACUUCAUCCACUUCCCCUCAUAAGAAAAAAAUCCUCUCUGGAAAACGAUGUAUGGCAUUAAUGAAAAAUCAGGUACUCGGACACUCAUGUAAUAUCCACUUUGCCUCGCAAUAAAUACUGAAAUUAGCUUCAAUUUGGUUUUAUUAUCACGUGACAUCCAUUUCUGUGGUCUCGUUUCAUAACCUCUAAAAUACGAUACCUCCUGCGGUUAAAGCUUAGCCCAUUUCAUUUACUCUGUUUGAUAUUCCACACGUGAAAACAUUUGAAAGGCUUAACCAGGACAUAUUCUUUCUUUCUAAGUUAAGUGUAUUUGUCUGAUCCUGCUGCUAGUUUUGUUUUGUGCUGCGCAGGCCUGAUGUUGUAAAGUGUUCAGGUUAACUCUAACGUCGCCAUCUCCUAAAAACACAGGAAUUAAAGCUUAAAACACUUUUACACACCCGAAAUAAAAACAUUAAAUAUGACUGUGCAAAAUCAGUUAUAAUAACUAUUCAAAGCACGCUGUCUUUAUAUUCAUUCUAAAAAAGUUUGUGUACUUCCAUGGCAAGGUUUUGCACAGUUCUGCCCAAACUGAAAGUCCACUGUGACCAUAGACUGUUUAUAGAAUAUACAGUAUGUGUCUGUGUCAUCAAAAUUCAGUUUGGUAUCAUGAAGAAGAUUUAUUUAGAUAGAAGUCUGCUGGGAUUGAGUUGGGUUUUUCUUUUGUUUUAAUAUAACACAUGAGAAACAGAAACAGAAAUAUUUAAAAAUAAAUAAAAAAAGAAAGAAAACUUGGUUGGCUUAUAAAUCUGAUUAGCCAAUAUCAGUGACACUAAGGUGAAACAUUUAAUCAGCCACUGCAAGUCACCACUAACCAAAAAAAGAGCUGAAAAUUUGCCGACUUUGCUGUCCUAGGUCAAGCGCUCUCCAGCAAAAACAUUGCUUUUACAAAUUCAAAAUAUCUUCCCAACCAUAUCAAAGCAGACAGCAAACUGCACCCUGUUUUUCAUAAUUCAUUUUACUUCCGCUCAAGCAAACUUUAUUAAAAGCUGCUGUGAGUAACCCUCAGUUUGUGUCAAUUCUGUCACCCCAUGUGGACAAAGCAGUCUUCGCUAAUCUUGUCCUUUAAAUCAUGUCUGGUGACUUCUGACGGUUAGAUUUUUUAUUUAUUUUGAGUUAUCUACGUGGAAACUGUAAAAACAUGGCUGUUUUUUUCACUGCUCAGUUGACACCAAAGACUGUAUACUAUGGACAACUCAGUUCCACCGUUCGCCAGUAUACGGAUUUAAAGCCAAAAAGCUCUCAGUAUUUCUGCGAUUUUUCUCCAUUUCCUGAAACCAACAUUGCGCAGUAGCAUUGUACGUGCUUCUCCACUUGCGCAGUAACAUUGUACGCAUUCGGUGGGAGAGACGCUGAGAGUCGCGGUGAUGACGCUCUGCUUAAACAGAGUAUCCCCCCGGGUGUGCAAUCUUCGUACACCCAUAGGCUGAAUCAGGUGUCAAUCAUAGAAAACAUGAACCCCCUAAUGACUUUAAAAAAUGGAGCUGUACAGAAAAAAAGAGGACUUAAGCACAAACCAGUCUUACAGUAACUACAUGUCAAUAUCACAAGCAGAAAGGAGAAAAAUCUAUAUGCUGUGUAAUAAAUGUUUAAAGUUUGUCCACAGCUCUAUAGGGAUUGCUGGCGGAGGCAGGAUUUAUGACCUAUACUGCAGCCCGUCACCAGGGUGUGCUGUUCUCGGAGUGGCUUCACCCAGCGAGGAGGCAGACGGCGUCCAUUCUAAAUACAGUCUUUGGUUGACACCUACCCCCUCAGACAUUAAAAAUUACAAUAUACAAAUGUUCAGUCUUGUUCAUGUUAGUCUUGUUUGCUUUCGGAUAUAAUGAAAAGGCAACAAUAUGAAUUUCAGUCUGUUUGAAAAUCAAAACCAAAAAACUAUUCACUUGACCUUUAUAGUAACUUUAAUCUUGAUUGAGUGGAAUAUUUUAGUCUCUUUUCCACUCUUAUUCCAAUAAAUGAUUUACUAUCUUAUACCGAAAAAACUAAGGCACUCCUCCCUUAGAUCCCCAAAGGGAAAUUCAAUAUUCAGGGCUACAACUCAACUUUUUAACAUGACUUGGUUUGUUUGUUGCAUUUCUAGGAUGAAAUGUCCAAUUUUUAAAAGGCUUUCUACUCUUUCCAGUUGUUGUUUCACCUCUCAGAUUUCUGUGUCACCAUUAAACCACCUGAGCAGCAUUUUGUUUCACCCUCUUAGUGUUUUUACUCCUUUCUUAUUUUUUGCUUCACCUUUUCCUGUUUAACUUCCUGCAGUAACACAACCAUUUUUCCUCUCUUUGACCCUUAUUUUGCUUGCCUAUUUACCAUUGCUUCUUUUACUAAAUCUCCAUAUCUUGGUCUCCUCCUUUCUUUAAAUAACUCAGAUAAUUUUUCUUUCAUUAUGCAGGUCCUCCCCUGCCCCUGUCCUGUCUUCGUCUCUUGGUCCCACCUCUGCACCUAGCCUCUGCAGCGAUCUGGGAAACUGUACAGCAGAAGGUUGUGGCUAAUUUCGGGCUGCUGGAUGAGUUCAUUACAGCAGUCACUGAGGUCCUUCCAGAGGUUCUGAACCACAGACAGAGGUGUUUAUUGAGUCUUGGUCUUCAGACUCAGGUAAUGUUGAAUUUAUCGCUCAUUAUGUAAAACUGGAACAAAGCAAACCUAACGCCACUCUCUCUGGCUUCUAGUUGACACUGGAGCUGUGUCGCACAAAACCGAAAGUAGACCUUGAGAUCAUACAGCCACACCUGGAGAGAAUUGCUUCACUAUGGAAUGAAGAGGUAUGUUUUCUUCAUUAGGUGCACUGUAUGUUGUCUGACCUGAAUUUGUCACUAGGUAUUAUUUUCUAAACACAGAUCAGUCAUUCAGGAGAUGCAUCGUCUGUGCCAAACCUCUGUGAUCUUCUUCACACCCUAAUUCAAGACCAGCAGGAGAGACAACGCUUUUUCCAGGUAGACAUCUCUGUCGUGAGAAUUAACUCAUUUUUAUCAUUUCUACUGAUAAUCAAUGCUGACUUGAUUACUUAAUGAUUACUUAAUGAUUACUUGCUUGUUUCCAGGAUGUUUUCCCAGAAAGAUUUGGCGAGAAGUUCUCUGAGGAUUUUCAGACGCUUGUGCAGAUUUUCCUUCUGCAGCUUGACAAGUCACUCCCAGUACCAGAUCUAAAACAGGUACACGUUCAACAUGGUGUGCUGUGGGUUUUUUAAACUUGAAUCAUGACUACUCAAAAAGUAUAAAGACACAAAGGAAAACACUGUCAUAAUGAAGCAUAAUUCAUUUAAUUAACAUGAUGGGACCACAGAGUCUGUUGAGCCGAGUGCAGGAUCUGAGGAGGAGUGGAGCAUAUGCUGCUUUAGUCUCUAUUUUCUUCUGAUGAGAUUAGGGAUGGGACUUAAAAAAAACAAAUCACAACUAUCUCUGACUAGUUUGAAUCAUCAAUAUCAUUUCCUUUCCCUUUAAAUACUUUCCGCCUAAUUCUACAUGCCUUGUAAAACAAUGACAUGGUGUACCACUGGAGGUAGCCGCACAGAAGAUGGGAAUUGUCCAAAUCACUUCUAUAUACAAGACAAUAGUGUUGUGCUUACACUAUAAGCCAUAUAAACUGAACAGUAGGACAUACUGCCUCACUGUAAAAUCCACUAUCUCCGUGAGACCGGUAGUUUUAGUGAUCAACUCUGUGUGUUUCUGUAUUCAUUUUAGUGAUAGUGUGAUCUCUGUUGAAAGCUGACUAUACUGAAAAACGGCUGCCAUCUUUGUAAUGGCCUGUUGACCAAUCAGGGGUUGUAUCUAUGAUCAGCUGACCUUUUAAGGCCCAAUCAGAAGUUUUCACAGAACUGUAUAGAGCUGUUUUCUGCACAGAAAUUAAUAAGAGAAUCAAUAAAGAAUUGGAUCGAUCAGCAUGGAAGAUGAAAUGUAAUUAGCAUUGACAAAAUUAAACCUCACCCCUAAAUGAGGUCAUAUGCAAAGUGAUUAUUCCACCAGUCUUAAAGAAUAUUAAAAUAUGUAACUUAGACCAUAAAGUCAUCUGGUAAAUAUCAAGUUUGAUAGUAAUAUGACUAAGACUUAUUGUCUCUUAUAUCAGACCUGUUUGCAACCAGUAUGGUCGCCCCCUGUUGGAUAAAGAACUCACUUUAUAUAGGCUAGAUUCAUCUCUCUCAUUCAGUCUGAUGUUCUUCUUAUCUCAAGCUCAGAAACAAAAAGAUUUCUUUUUCUCAAAAUGUUUCACAGAGUGACUGAUUUGAUCUUUUCCCUGACCAGGUUGCCCGUCUGCUCAGCGACUCUUCUUCGGUGAUGUCUGAAUGUUUGAAAUCUUUGAGUCAGUCACAGGAGCUUAAAUCUCUUCUUCAGUAUCAAAAGAGCCUUCACCAACUGAAUGAACAAGGUGAGCAUGCAGAACAGUUUGGGUGAAAAUAUUUGGUUGUAUGUUUCAGCCACUGCUCUUUUUUUUAGCCAUAACUGUAUGUCUUUGGAUUUUUCAGUUGAUCCGACUGUUGGUGACAGCAUUUAUUCAGCUCUCUGUCUGCCACUGACGACCACAGAACAAGAAGAAACACAAUUAAAACCAAAUGUGUUAACUGAUUACAUGGAUGCUUUCAACAAAGAACUUAAAGCAGAGACUUCAACACUGAGAAGAAGUGAAGAUGACAGAAACACAGAGAGUGAUGAACCACAAUGGAAAGCAACAAAAAAGGACCCAUCCAGAGGUAACGGUAAAGAAGACAAGAUCUCGAUCUCUGUUCAACAUGUGGCAUCUUUAAGUAAGGGUAAGAUUAGCGUAGACCCUUGUAAUGUAGAGGUCCACAUAGGUUAUAAUGUUGAAAUUCUUGCUGAAGAGACUGUAACGAUCGAGAAGACACCUCAAGAUGACCACUCAGAGAUAGAUAUCAGAGAGAUCGCAUUACUUGCCAGAGCCUCAGAGGACUGUAGUUACAAAGUUUUGAGCCCUUGUGAGACUAAAACCAGUCCAGCAGAAGAAAUCAAGGAGGUCAGAAGCAGCUCAACAGCUGACGAACAAAGGAAAAACAUCAAUAUAUCUGAUGUAGUGGCUUCGACUGUGCCGUGUGCAUCCACUCUGGUUAAGUCUCAAAGACCGGUCAGGCAAAACAGAAGUGGAAAGAUGAGAGAAGUUUUAGUAGCAUCUAAAAAACAGCCGCCAAAGAAACACUCAACAAAGAGCAAGACUUGUCCAACCUGUGGAAAGACGUACAGCCGAGCUUCAGACAUGAGACGACAUCAGAGAAGCCAUACGGGGGAGCGACCUUUCCAAUGUCCACAGUGUCAGAAAUGUUUCCAGUUCCAGUACGAUCUAAAGAGGCAUGAGCUGAACGUCUGUCAGAUGACUUUGCAUCGCACAUCCCCCAAGACUCCCGAGGGCAAUCAAGACCUAAAGCAUGACCAACUCCAAACUCUACCUCUAAAUGUCAGGCCUGAGGAAGAGGAACGACAAAGAGGGGCUUCUUCGGGAGAAGUGCGGACUCUUCCAACCGUGCAAGAUCUCCCCCCAUCUUUAGUUCAGUUAGAGGACACAAAGGAGGAUAGCAAGGAGCCUCACCAGGGGGAUCAGGAGGGCAAGAAAUUGAAGGGUUAUAAACUGAAAAAAGUUCAUGGACAAAUCCCUGCUGAUGCUUCCUUGUAUUGUGUCGAAUGUAACAGGUCAUUCCCAGAUUCAGCGAGAUUAAAAACGCACAAUUUGAGACAUAAACCGCACAGUUGCACCAAGUGUGGUGAGAGUUUAAAAGGUUUUGUAGAGCUCAACCAGCAUUACCUCGAGGUUCACGAUUUCAAAGGGCCUUUUCCUUGUGCCACGUGUGGACGAACUUACACAUAUCUGAGAGGCCUGAUCAGACAUGAAAGGUACCACACGGGCGACCUCCCGUUCAAGUGCCCCAAAUGUCCCAAAGCCUUCAGCUAUGCUUCUGCUCUGACCCUCCAUGACCGAACUCACACCAAAGAGGCUCCCUUCCUCUGCUGGGACUGCGGUAAAGGCUGCAAAUCCAACGCGGCUCUGAGAAUCCACCGGCUGUGCUGUCACAGCAGCGCCACGGAGAAGCGCUUUUGCUGCGAGCACUGUGGAAAAGCCUACGCACUGAGAAGAAGCUUGGACCUCCAUGUGGCGAAACUGCAUACAGGUGUACGGUUCCCAUGUUCCCACUGUGGCAAACUGUUCCGCAGUGUGAGCUCCUUGACAAGACACGACCUGACACAUACAGAGGAAAGACCAUAUUCCUGCUCAGAGUGUGGGAAGAGUUUCAGAUCAGCCUCUGAGCUGAAGAUACACACUCGCUAUCACACCGGGGAGAGGCCUUUCAGGUGCCAAGAAUGUGGAAAAGGAUUUGUGCAGUCUUAUUAUCUUACAGCACACAUGAGGAUGCACACAGGGGAAAAGCCGUAUAAAUGUGAGACGUGUGACAAGAGUUUUAAAACUACAGGAGUUUUAAAGAGACACAAAAUGACCCACACAGGUGAGAAACCACAUAAAUGUCCUGUUUGUGAGGUGAGGUUCAGUCGACCAGAGCUUGUAAGAGCUCACACAAAGAAAUGCCAUUAAAUCUGUGCAAAUAAAAAAGCCCUUCAGUGGUACUGUUUGAGUUGCAUGUCGGAAAAAAAAAUUAAACUUUAUUAUUUUUGUUUCUAUUUCAUUUUUAUAAUAAAAUUGAUUCUCUUCAUCUCAAUAAAAUGAUUUCACCAAACUCAGACAUACAGCAUACCAAAGCCCACUUGCAGCGUCACAGGACUCCUCUGGACAUGCAGAUAAAUGUUUCAGAUCUUCAAACAAAUCUAAGUGAACACAAAAUCCAGUUUUUAAAAAAGGUUUUUACCAUUAAAGGAGAAAAAAAAAUCUGAACUAAUAGGGAUUUCCUUCCCUGUUAAAAUAUAACUGGUUUAUCACACCUGAGUUCAAUGUAGCCACACCCAGGCCUGAUUACUGCCACACCUGUUCUCAGUCAAGAAAUCCAUUAAAUAGGACCUGCCUGACAACAAAGUGAAGUAGACCAAAAGAUCCUCAAAAGCUAGACAUCAUGCUGAGAGCUAAAGAAAUUCAGGAACAAAUGAGAGAAAGAAAUUAAAAUCUAUCAGUCUGGAAAAGGUUAUAAAGCCAUUUCUAAAGCACAACAACUACUCAUCCAAGAAGUCACAAAACAACAACAAAAACAUCCAAAGACCUGCAGACCUCACUUUCCUCAGUUAAAGUCAGUGUUCAUGAGUCCACCAUAAGAGACUCUGGGCAAAAGCAGCCUGCAUGACAGAGUCACAAGACGGAAACCACUGCUGAACAAAAGAACAUUAAGGCUCGUCUCAAUUUUGCCAGAGAACUGAUUUUAAAAGUGUUCACGUCUGAUUUUAAAACUUUCUAACCUACUGUGCAUGUUAUCAAAAUAAAAAACUGACCUCCAGAGAAAAGUUUUUGAUUCCAUUUAAACAAAACUUUAUUUAAAAACAGAGUCAAGUUGACAAGUUUUACCAAACACAAUCACGGUAUUUCACUGUCAGAGAGUUAUUGACUCAGACAAAAUAUGUGAAAAGUUAGUUAUAUGUGUAAUACAAAUGCAAAAAAACAUGGAGCAGAGAGAGGAAUAAAGCAUGACAGAAAAAUGAACAAAAUAAAGACAAAGCAAUAUGAGCA